AUGCCUACACCAUGUAGUUUAGAUGAUUUUGAAGUGAUAUCAACCAUUGGUACAGGAUCUUAUGGUACCUGUAAAAAGAUCAGGCGGAAAAAGGAUGGAAAGGUUCUUGUAUGGAAAGAAAUGGAUUAUGGCUCAAUGACAGAGUCAGAGAAAAAGUUAUUAGUAUCAGAAGUAAAUUUAUUACGUGAAUUAAAACAUUGUCAUAUUGUGAGUUAUUAUGAUAGAAUAAUAGAUAGAAGUAAUACUACUAUUUAUAUUAUAAUGGAGUACUGUGGAGGUGGUGAUCUUUCUACAUUAAUAUCUAAAUGUCGUAGAGAAGGUAUUUAUGUAGAUGAAGAUUUUGUAUGGAAGAUUGUUAUUCAACUAACUCUAGCUUUAAAAGAAUGUCAUAGAAGAAAAGAUGGUAAAGCAGUAUUACAUCGUGAUCUCAAACCUGCUAAUGUCUUCCUUGAUUGUAGCCAAAAUGUCAAACUAGGUGAUUUCGGAUUAGCUAGAGUUCUCCAUGAAACUAGUUUUGCCAAAACUUAUGUUGGAACACCUUAUUAUAUGUCUCCUGAACUUGUCAAUAACAUGUCAUACAAUGAGAAGUCUGAUAUAUGGUCAUUAGGUUGUAUGAUGUAUGAAUUAUGUGCCUUACACCCCCCAUUUACUGCUGCCAACCAAACUGAUCUCAAUCGUAAAAUACGCCUAGGUGAUUUUGCUAGAAUACCAAUGAGAUAUUCUGAUGAUCUCGACACUAUUAUUAGAAAAAUGAUAAGAGUUGAGGUAUCAAAGCGACCAGGCAUAGACGCCAUACUGACAGACCCUUUAAUUAUUUCACAUCAAACGACUCAUGAAUGUCGGUGUAAAAGUUCUGCAUCACCAUCAAGAUAUAGUUUAGACUCUAAUGAUUCUGUAAAAAGACUAGAAGAAGAGUUAAAAAGUAAACUAAGAAUCUUAUCAUUAAAAGAAAAAGAAAUGGACAGUCGUGAAAAGAGUGUAGCUUUAAGAGAAAAAUUAGCUGAUGAGAAAUUAAGGAGGUAA